ACACGCAGCUAAAAUAUAACAACACAUCACACUAUAAAUUGUUUAAAUUAGAAAAUAGAGGCUGCAUAGCAUAAAAUAGAAGUAAGAGGAUUUAAGGAAAUUGAGCUUGAGAAAUGGUUGGGGUAUCAACAUGGUUCCGCUACAUUGGAACCAAAUUUGAUUAUUCUGUCUCCGUCGCGCGGAUGUCCUAUCUACAAGGUCAAAUUGCUGAUAAACAAAUACUCGAUACCAUAUGGAAAAACUUUUCCAAUGGAAGGUUGACAUUCUUGCAUUGGAAUAAAGGAGAAGAGAUGGAUCCAGUAAUUGGGACUCAGGGUGGAACUCUUCUUGUUCGGAAACUUCCAGCUCCAAAUCCUAUGAGCGUGCAUGUUGGAGAUGUGGUGGUAAUGAAGGAUCCUGAAGACUCGGCCAAUUAUCUCAUAAGGAGGUUAGCUGCAGUCGAAGGAUAUGAAAUAGCAUCUAAAGAUGCAGAUGAUGAACCUUUUGUCCUUGAUAAAGAUCAAUGUUGGGUAUUAGCUGACAAUGAUAAAUUGAAGCCAAAGGAAGCCUAUGAUAGUCGUAUUUUUGGUCCGGUUACCAUGUCCAACAUAGUUGGUCGGGCCAUAUAUUGUCUAAGGAAUGCAGUGGAUCAUGGGCCGGUCAAGAAUAGUGAAUAUAGCACGACAACGGAUUCGCCUGUUCUAGAAGUGGAACUAGAUGUUGAUGAGAUGCUUAAGAACCAUAAAGCAUAGAAACCCCGCAGAAAAGUUGUGCUAUUCUCUUUCUUCGUUCAACAUGUUGUACGAUGCUUGAACGAAAGCAUCUUCAUUCAAGUUGUGAAAGAAAUGCUGCUAACCAAUAGAGUGAUGGGAGUUAGUUUGCCAAAUACAUAUUGAGUAUUUGUUGCUAUGACAUUAUUGUUUUGAUUUUAGCAGCUUUCAAGUUUGGUUCCGUCA